AUUGAACUGAAGCUUAAACAUAUGCACGUGUAAGACAUUAUUAGAACUGUCAUUACAAAAAUAAAUUUAGUGAAAGAUGACAAUGGGCGAUGAGACUCCAAUUACAUCUCUUGUACUUCCCGUUAUAUUACGACCGAUUUUAACUAAGUUGGAGAGACAAAAUGUUAUGGCAGCUCAAACUUUAUGUACCGCACUUUCAAAAGCAGAAAACACAUAUCCUGGUAUUAUGCAUGACCUAAUUUUAGGAAUAAUACAAAGGGCUGAAUUAAAUCUUGACAUGAAUGAAAGUGUUUUACGUUUACAAGGUGCUGCUUCUGAUUACGAUGUUGUUGAAUAUCGGACUGCACGAUCUGAAGAUGCUUUCCAAGAAUUAAAUCGUAAAUCUAUGUCACUGAAAAGAAUAUUGAGUCGUAUUCCGGAUGAAAUAACAGAUCGUAAAACAUUUCUUGAAACAAUAAAAGAAAUUGCAAGCGCGAUAAAGAAGUUAUUAGAUGCAGUGAAUGAGGUCACUGCAUUUAUACCUGGUUCAACGAGAAAACAAGCAUUGGAUCAGCGUAAAAGAGAAUUUGUAAAAUAUAGUAAAAGGUUUAGUAAUACGCUGAAGGAAUACUUUAAGGAAGGACAAGCAAAUGCAGUAUUUGUGAGUGCAUUAUAUUUGAUACAUCAAACAAAUAUGAUAAUGCUUACAGUAAAGGAUAAAUGUGAAUAAAAAAUUCAUAUGGCUCUUCUGGGAUCAUUGGUCGGUGUGAUACCAUAACAAUAAAAUAAUCGAUAUAUAUAUAUAUAUAGAUAUAUAUAUGUAUGUAAUAUAAUAUUCUAAUAUUGUAGAAUCUAUUUGUUUGAAGAUUAUAUUUAAAUAAUGUAUAACGUGAUAAAUAGAGUACCACUAUUUUAUCAGUG